UAGACAUCUCAACAAAAAGGUCAGUUCAGUUCUUACUGUUCGGCUGUAAGGUUCUCUUGGAAUUUAUUUUUAUUUCUAUCAAGCUGUCUUUAACAACCUAUCCGAUCUGGCUUUCUUACGUAAAUUUACGGCUUCUGCGGUGAAGAUGUCGUUGCCGCGUGUGUAUUUCGACAUAUCUGCGGGAGGUGAAAAUAUCGGACGGAUUGUGAUGGAACUACGAUCGGAUGUGGUGCCCAAGACGGCGGAGAAUUUCCGGGCCCUCUGCACUGGGGAGAAGGGCUACGGUUACAAGGGAUCUCCAUUCCAUCGUGUGAUCCCGAAGUUCAUGUGCCAGGGCGGCGAUUUUACCAAUCAAAAUGGAACUGGAGGACGCUCAAUCUAUGGGAACAAGUUCCCCGAUGAGAACUUCCAACUGAAGCACACUGGACCUGGAACUCUAUCAAUGGCCAAUGCCGGGCCCAACACCAAUGGAUCUCAGUUCUUCAUUUGCACUGACGAAACCACUUGGUUGGAUAACAAGCACGUCGUCUUUGGCAAAGUCGUGGAGGGAAUGGAUAUCGUCCAGAAGGUGGAAUCCUACGGAUCCCAAGACGGGAAGACCAGCAAGAAGAUCAUCAUCGCAGACUGCGGUUCCAUUUAAAAGGGAGCUAGUACAUUUCUACACCGACAAUACUCUUACUAUAUUUACACUUGAAAAACGCUGUAUUUGUCCUUUCCGAAGUUUAAUGUUAAUGUGCAAAACGACUUACUACAUUCACACUUGGAACACACUUUAAUUAACCUUUCGAUGUUUUAAGUAAAUGUGCAAAACGACAAGGAAAAUAUAUGGGAGCCUAAAAUAUACCAAAA